AUGACCAAGUUCCCUAUCAACUCUGUCAGCAGUCACCGACCAUUUGGGGUAUCCCAGAUCGCAAGAGUCUUUGAUCAUAGUGACCCAGGAAUAGAAUACAAGAGUAUUGCAGAUGCAACGCGUGAGGGCCCGAUCUAUCAUAAUCAACGCAUGGAACUAGAUGAAGAAGCAGUCAUGAUCUCAUCAGUGUUGUGUAUCCAUAUGCCCUUGGAGAAGCCCACUAACAAUAGGGUUGACAGAUCUGCUACUCAGGAGUGUGAGCCUGUCUCCUCAAGCACUGGAACUUACUAUGGGGAUUCGGAUACCUAUGGGAGAUCAUUCCGGGAUGAGCUACAACCUGAUUGGUACGCUCGUCCAAGAACACCAGAGAGUGUAGACAACGUCGCUGAAUCCGAUGACAAGGAUAAUGGUCAAGAGGGCGAAUCCUGCGAGUCUGACAAGAAGUAUGAUCAUGGUGGAGAAUCAUGGCGCUUCGAGGCACCGUUUUAA